CGGAUGUUGAUUGCGUCUCUUAGCAACGGAAGAUGGCUGAGCCUGAGAAGCAAGGUCCAGGGUCCGAACCAGAAACUGAACCAACUUCUCAAGAUUUGGAAGAACAGCAAACAGAAGAAGAUGGGCCAGUGGGAAGUGAAGAAGAAAAAAAGGCAACCCAAGAGGAGGCCAGUGAACCAUCUCCACCAGAAGAAUAUAGCUCAACAGAACCAAGAGAAGAACCCAGCUCAACAGAACUAAUGGAGGAGCCUAGUUCAACAGAACCAAUGGAGAAUGCCAGUUCAGCAGAAUCAAGAGAAGAACAAAGCUUGAUGGAACUAAGAGAGGAACCUACCUCAAGAGAGCCCAUGGAUGAACAAAGCUCAAUAGAAUCAGAAGAGGAAGCCAGCUCUACAGAACCAGGAGAGGAAGCCAGCUCAACAGAAACCAGAGAGGAAGCCAGCUCAACAGAACCAGGAGAGGAGCAAAGCUCAACAGAAACCAGAGAGGAGCUCAGCUCAACAGAAGCAAGAGAAGAGCCCAGUUCAACAGAACCAAGAGAAGAAAGAGUUAGUUCUGCAGAGCCACCCCAAAUUCCAGAUGUUUCUGAAACUCCCACAUCUUCAUUUCUAUCAACCAUGAGAGAUAAGGAUUUCUCAAAAAAAUACCCAGAGAAGAAGGAUAAAAUAGAACAUAUUCCAUUCAGUGACCAAGGCUAUCUUCUCCCAUCUUCAAGAAGCAGGAGCUCUCCAGGAACAUCAGGGGGACGAGACCCGGAGCAAUCAGGAGUCGUAACAGCUACUCCAUUGUUGGAUGCUAUUAAUUUCUACAGUCCUGGGGGAGUUGAGAUGGAGCAUGUAUCAGAAUCAGAAAUAAGUGAGGAAGCAGAAGAAGAAACUCAGUUGGUGGUUUUGGAUCCUGACCAUCCCUUGAUGAAAAGAUUCCAAUCUGCACUGAAGAAUUACCUAAACAAACAGAUAGAUAAGCUGAAACUGGAUAUCCAUGAGCUGACUGUGGCUACAAAGCAUGGCAAAACUCAGAGGGAGGAGCUUGGUGUACAACUUUAUGGUGUGCAGCAGCAUUUGGCCCAGCUACAGAUGGAACUGGAGAAGCACCACGAUCAACAUUCUGUUCUUGAGUCAGAGAGGAGGCAAACAGAGGAGGAACUACGAAACACAAGGGCUCUCUACAACAAAACCAUUGCAACUGCCAAGGAGGAACAGAAAAAAAUGGCUUCUCUACAAAAUGAGUUGGAGAACUUGACAUUACGGCUGUUCUACAUGCAGAAUAUAGAUCAGGAUGUACGAGAUGAUAUCAGUGUAAUGAGACAGGUGGUAAAGAAAGCUGAAACUGAGAAACUAAAUGCAGAACUUGAGAAGAAAAAACAGGAUCUAUUUGUGGAUCGGCUCACUAGGAAUGCCAACCAGUUAGAAGAACAGAUUGCUUUAUAUGAAGCUCAAUUAGCUUCCCAGAAUGAAGACACAAAAACAAUAAGACAAGCAGUGGGAGAGGCCUGCACAGAAAUAGACACUAUCAACUUAGAGAAAAAGCAGCUAUUACAGAACUGGUCAGCCAGUUUGGUGGGAAUGAAACACCGAGAUGAAGCCUUCACUGCUAUUUUAGAAGCUCUCAGAGAUUCCAAGCAUCAAUCCAAAUCCAUGGAUGGUGAAAUUGAAGCUUAUAAAAAAUCCAUCAUGAAAGAGGAAGAAAGAAAUGAACUCCUGGCAAACAUUUUAAAUCGUGCUGAGAAUGAUACUAAUGUUAACCAGAAGCUGAUAUCCCAAUGCAUGUCCAAGCAUGAAGCCCUGCAAAAGGAGUUCACCACCUAUACCCUGACACUGCAUAGUACUGAAGAAGCCUACACUAGAGCCUAUUCGGAGCGGGCGGUAUGCACAAAUGAAUUGCAAACGAUCUGUCAAAACAUAGAAAACGAGUUGGACUACAAGAAGAACAAGGAGAAUAGCAUCCUAGAGAUGCUACAGGAUCAGAAGAUGUCCAACAAGAUGACCAAAUAUUUCCAUCACCUAGCAACUAAGCUUCAGAAGAAAAAGACAGACAUGAUAACACAGCUUUCCAAAAUUGAUGGAGACAUUGCACAGACUGCUCUUAAUAUCACAAAUACCAAUAUCAGAAAAGAACAACAUAAAGACACACUCAAAAAGCUGGACAAGGAAGUGGAAAAGAUAAAUGACCUCAUCACCAGCAGUGAAAAUGAAAUUGCUAGAAGAACGACACUGAUUGAGCGCAAGCAAGGGCUCAUUAAUGUUUUCAACAAGAGAGUGGAUCAGAUUGUUACUGAUUUGGGGGGGGAAGAAUUAGGACCAGUUGAAUUAGAAAUUGGAAGACUGACCAAGCUGAUAGAUGAAUAUAAUGCGGAACUCCUUAAGCUUCAGAUGAAGUGGCUUCUACUACAGCAAGAUCUUGUCAAACUGACCCACGAAAGAGAGGAUCAGUUGGCUUCAGUGGACAUGUUUAAGAAGGAGUUAACAAUCAUGGAACAAAAGAAACUGCGGAUAGAAAAAAAGAUUGACCAGGAAAAGAGUGAAGUAAAGGAGAUUGAAUAUCGCAUGAGGAGCAUGGACAAUGACCUGAAAAAAUUUAACACUUUGAUCUGCAAGAACAGAGAGAGCACUGAGGAGCUACAGCAGGGCAACUUGGUGACAGAGAAUGAGUUUGUUCGCUCACUUAAGGCAUCUGAGAAGGAAUCCAUUGAACUGCAAGAAAAGCUGGUCUCCUUGAAUGAAGAGAAAAAGACUCUCCUGAAUAAACUGGUCGAAGCAGAACACCAAAUUAUGCUUUGGGAGAAAAAAAUCCAACUGGCAAAGGAAAUGAGAGCUGCGGUUGAUUCAGAAACUGGCCAGGCUGAGAUUCGAACCAUGAGAGCAGAGAUUCAUAGGAUGCAGGUUAAAUUUGCACAAUUGAAGAAACAGCAAGAAAAAAUGAUUCGAGAAAUGGAAGCAGCCGUCAUUCACAGAGACUCCUUUGUAACUCGAGGAGAAGGUCAAAGCAAAAUUGACAAGAAAGCACUUACCAGAACCAAUUUUCACCACCAACAAAUGGAGCUUAGGAAGAAAAUCAGAGAAACUCAGAAGUUUACUGAAGACUGCAACCAAAGCAUCUCUGAGAUGGAAGAAAAUCAAAAAUGCCUAAAUGAUUCUCUUGCAGAAAAGCAGAAAAAGCUUACCCACCUACAGAAAGAGGUUGACCAACUUGACGCCACUAUCAGUAACCUCAUAGACCUUAAGAGACAGAAUUUUACAGAACUUGUAAUGCUUCAGAAACGUGCUAAGUAUCUCCAGGCUACAAAGGAAGGAAAGCAUGUAUGUUUGUUCCGAUCUAUACAAUCUCUGCAGAAUGAAAGAAAGAAACAGGAAACCCGAAUGAACCUCAUAUGCAGCAUUCUCGACCAUGUUAAAAAUGAAUAUCCCCAUUUCCAAGCAGCACUUCAAAAGCUCGACCAGGCAAUAUCAGCCAAGCCAGAUUUAAGUCUGCCUUCUUAGAAAACAGAGAGGACUAACUCUCCUGAAGCAAGUUUGUCAGAAUGGAAAUGUGUCAAUUUUAACUAAGCAGAACCACAUUUUAACUAUUUUUUUCUCUAAACAAAGAAUGUACUUGCAUGGUAAGGGUAUUUUAAGAAAGAUUUUAAAAUACCCCUAAAAAAGCCUUAGUCAAAUAAUCUAUGAAAUCUUUACUCCUUUGAUUCCAAAUAUAUAUCUCCUGAAUACAACCUAAAAUUUCCAAGUUAUACAGAUUAAAAUAAAGGAAAUCAUAGUUUCAUUUAUUUGGAAUCAAAAUGGUCUCAAGGAAAUGUUUAUCCUUUUGUCAUCACAAAUUUUAGAAGUUUACAGCACAAGGGAGAAAGAAGUAAUAUGUCUUGAGAGCAAAGAUCCUUUAAAGAAACUAUCUUUGGUCUUUAAAGAAACUUUAAAGUACCAGCAUGUUUUUGAGAACAAGACAGUAAUUUUUAUUCUUUGGAGGCUCACAUAACAAAAAUCUGAGAAAUCCUUUUUUCCCACAGAUGGAGUUCUCACAGGCACUAAAUCUAUAUGAAAUAAAAGAGGUCCUUAGUUACAUUAAACUUGAACAUUAAAUUAUAAUUAAGCUUAUAGUGACUUUAAUACAGAUGAGAACUGAACAUUAUAGUUUUUAAUAUUAGAAAUAUUUGUUGCAUUUCACCUAUUCAUUUAUUUCCCCUACAUCAAAAACUAUGAUGCUUUACUCCCCUUCUCUCAAUUUCUAAUUGUCCACUACUCUGAACCCUGUAUAGAACAAAGAAAGUGUUGUAAGAUAACUUAAAAUUUAAAACUUAUUUCAGUAGCAAAAUAAAAAAUUAAUGUAAAA